UUUCCUUUAGCAAAUAUUGUGUGAUCAGGAAUUUUGGGGAGCAGAGACUUAGAGGCAGCCAUGUCCACUCGAAUGACGGUCCACAGGGCCGGAAAGAAGACCCUAUCGGCCACGCAGGAAGCGGAAAUAAAUGCAUCCGACAUGGCCGCAGGAUCGGAUAGCGAUAGCGAGACGAGCCUGCUCGAAAUGCAAAGGAAUACACUGCCGGAAGAUGCGAAUAUCCUGCGCAUUGCGGUCAUGGCAGAUCCAGAGGUAACCCUCGGUUUUCUACUGGCUGGCGUGGGCUAUCAAAAGGACAGGUUCCGCAACUAUAUGAUGGUGGAAAGCGAAACCUUGCAGGAGGACAUUGAGCAGUUCUUUCUCAUGGUCUACAGGAAGCCCAACAUCGGCAUGAUCAUCAUCGAUUACGACACGGUCCUGCGACUCAAGCCUAUUUUGCAGCGCUGCCAUCAACUGCUCCCCAUCCUGAUCACCGUGCCCAACAAAUCCUCGCUGACCGCCUAUCUCGACAAAAAGGAACGCAGUCGGCGACUUCGCCAGCGGGACGCCUACUAGGAUAUGGCAGAAUCUAAAUUUAAGAGGUAUUUCCACCUUAAUAAAGUCUCUUAU